AUGUGCCGAGGCCUGGCCGAUUUACAGGAGAGACUCAUUCCAGUUAAACACACUUCAAUCAGAAAGCCACACCACCUUCCCAGCGACGGUCUGCAAGUCCUUCAGACCGCUCAAGCUCAGUAUCAUCCGGCUCUUCCGAAAGCACCAAUCAACAAAGGCAAAGGCAAAGAACGCCUCUCGCCACACUCUAGAUCUCCUUACCAAUCGCCUCAACCAACUCCUAGUUCCAACCCAAUCGCCCGCGAUGAGGCAACCCAGGCAACAGCCAUGACAACUAACCAAUCACGUCAACCUCCUUCGAACUCAAUGAUAGAGGUUGCGCUGGUCACCGAACGCACCGGUCCUAUAUUUUCACAUAACAUAUUCAAUGAUCCGGACAGCACUCCUCCCCUCCCCCAUGAGGACAAUAUGUUCUUUUCGAGCCCACCCCCAAUCAUAGACCUAACUGGCCAGCUGGAUACUUCGGCUCAAGAUAGCAAUGUGACACCUCACGGAGAACCUGUACCUAGCUCUUCUUGCGAUGGGCCCCCAAUGUCACCACCGCGUGACACGGACUCGUCAACCCUCCUUGCCAAGAAGAAAAAGAAAUCUAAGCCAAAAAGGAGGACGAAACAAUCUGGACUGGUUAGUUUCAAAUGCUUGUUCGAUCUUUGA